UGUGCUGUAGUUAAAUUGUCCGCUGUUCUGGUUCAAGAGGCCAAAUAGCGACAGCUCGGCGGGAUGGCUGCGACGUUGCGUCUCUUGUACUCCAUGUCCCGGCCAGGUUCGUUUGCGGUCGGCCACAGUCUUGUGCGUCCUCUCAGUUUAUCUGCACACAGGGAUGGAUAUAAAUACGUGAACGCUCAGGACGUCCCCACAGAUAUGAAGUCCAUCACCGACAGAGCUGCUCAGACCCUGCUGUGGACGGAGCUGUUCCGAGGCCUGGGAAUGACCUUCAGCUAUCUCCUGCGUGAGCCUGCCACCAUUAACUACCCGUUUGAGAAGGGGCCGCUGUCUCCUCGCUUUCGUGGAGAGCACGCGUUACGUAGGUACCCGUCUGGGGAGGAGCGCUGCAUCGCCUGCAAGCUGUGUGAGGCCAUCUGCCCGGCCCAGGCCAUCACGAUUGAGGCGGAGCCUCGUACUGACGGCAGCAGGCGAACGACUCGUUACGACAUUGACAUGACGAAAUGCAUCUACUGCGGAUUCUGUCAGGAGGCGUGUCCCGUGGAUGCCAUCGUAGAGGGGCCGAAUUUCGAAUUCUCCACAGAGACUCACGAGGAGCUUCUGUACAACAAAGAAAAGCUGCUCAAUAAUGGAGACAAAUGGGAAGCUGAGAUCGCUGCCAAUAUCCAGGCUGAUUACCUUUACAGAUAGACGGACUGUCUGGCUUUUACACACACACACACACACACACACACACACACAUGAACCAUCCGACCGGCUGAACAUUGAAAGCAUCGUCUUCAGAAACGGCAAUUAGUCUUUUUGUUAAAAUGUAUUGUUGAUUAAGGAUGAAUGGCCCAGAAUUGUAACACAAACACCAGUGUGCGGUGAUACAGCUGUGUGUUAAUUAAAGAUUUAAAUGCAUUACGGAGAUGCUGUUUAGUCCCUCACAUACUGCUCUUAAACUCUCUUCAAAUAAUAGCACUUGUGUAUUGAAUUGGAUUCCUGGCGGGCACGUGCUUACUGUAGACAUGUUCAUUGAUCUGUUUAUUAAACGCACAGCCAUAAAUACGUGUGAAAAAAAGUGUUGCAGUUAGAAACUCGUCAGCUUUUGGGCUGCUUUAAUAACGGCAGGUUUGUGUGUCUGUGUGAGAACUGUACAAACAUUCAUUACUUGUAUCAAAUAAAUUAAUGUUCUAAAAAAGAG